UUCUCCUUACCUAAAGAAAAGAAAAAGAUCCUUUCUUCUUUAUCUGGCAACUCAUUCAAUUUCAUGUUUAUUUUGGAUCGUUCCUUCCUUCUUCCAAACAACCGUUCAACCUCCAAUUCCAAUUUUCGAGGGUUUUUCAGGCGACUCCACAUAAAAAAAUCUUCUUGUUCUUUCACAAUCUCACACACAGUACCCUUCAAUCAAUUAACCCCAUCAUCAUUCACAAUUUCAAGGUUCGUAGCUGAUAAUGUUUUUUUGAGAAUUUUGGGUACCCUAAUUAACCCCUUUUGUUAUCACCGCUGAUUUUCAUCAUUUGAUCGAAUAAUCUGUUGUUUCUUGAAAGCGGAAUUGAAAUCACAUCAUAUACCCUUAGAUUUAUGGUUUUUGUCAUUGUAAUGUUUAAGGAGGCAAACUAUGUCAUUUAUGUUCUGGAUUGAGAGCGCUAAUUUGUGCUUUUUGAAUGGAAAAGAAAAGAAAUGACGACUAUGAAACAGGUCCACUUCCUUCACCAAGAUCGUUGGAUAGAUUCGGGUUUGUAAAACCGGAUGCUAAUACUUCUGAGGGCGUAGUCAAGACGAGUAGAUCAGCAUAUGAGUACGAGAAAAUUAAGGAGCGGAGAAGGGUUAGAAAAUGGAGGAAGAUGAUUGGGGUUGGUGGGAGUGAUUGGAAACAUUACCUAAGGAAAAAACCUAAUGUUGUUAAAAGGCGUAUCAGGAAAGGGAUUCCUGAUUGUUUAAGGGGCCUUGUUUGGCAGUUAAUAUCUGGAAGCCGAGACCUAUUGCUGAUGAAUCCUGGAGUUUACGAGCAAUUGGUGAUAUAUGAGACAUCGGCCUCUGAAUUGGAUAUAAUUCGAGACAUUUCUCGGACUUUCCCUUCACAUGUAUUCUUCCAACAAAGACAUGGACCUGGGCAACGGUCUCUCUACAAUGUUCUAAAAGCUUACUCAGUUUUUGACAGAGACGUAGGAUAUGUUCAGGGAAUGGGGUUUUUAGCUGGUCUUUUGCUUCUUUACAUGAGCGAGGAGGAUGCAUUUUGGUUAUUGGUGGCAUUGCUUAAAGGUGCCGUUCAUGCGCCAAUGGAGGGCCUGUAUCUGGCAGGAUUGCCUCUGGUACAGCAAUACCUCUUUCAAUUCGAAUGUUUGGUGAGGGAGCAUUUACCGAAGUUGGGAGAACAUUUUUCACAAGAAAUGAUAAAUCCUAGCAUGUAUGCAAGCCAAUGGUUCAUAACUGUAUUUUCAUAUUCCUUUCCAUUCCAUUUAGCUCUGCGAAUCUGGGAUGUGUUUCUCUACGAGGGUGUUAAAAUUGUUUUUAAAGUUGGCUUGGCCCUUUUAAAGUACUGCCAUGAUGACUUGGUUAAAUUACCCUUUGAGAAACUGAUACACGGCUUGAAAAACUUCUCCGAGGAUGCAAUGAAUCCUGACACGUUAUUGCCGUUGGCUUAUUCCAUCAAGAUAACAAAGCGAUUAGAAGAACUGAAACUAGAGUACGAGAAGAAGAAUGGAAAGAUAAGUCGAUCAGGAGAAAUUUCCGAAAAUGAAAAGCCAAUUCUUCCAAGCAUCCAGAGCAACUGAAGCCGAAGUAUGACACGCAGAAGAAAACUGAGUAAAAAGUCAUUUUGGUUUCUAAAUGUGAGACUUGGCUGUCACUAUAGUUCUUGAAUGUAUGAAAUUACAGAAACAUCAUACAGUAUGUUUUUGUUAUUAAUUUGAUGAAUCACAUUUAUUAACGGAAGACGCAUUCAAUGACUGAACUAACAAACAAAAUAUGCAUUUAUGUAUGUUUCUGUAUUUUUGUAACAAUCAAGAACUACUGCGACAACGCCACAAACAUUUGAAGACCAGAAUGGACCUGCAGAACUAUUCGAAAAUCGAACACCUCUAACUGUAGGUCUCUUUUGCUGCUAGUGUGAGAAUCAUACCAUUUGAUUCUGUAAUUGUGACCAUAUUUCACAUUCUUUGUACAAUUGUAUCAGUUAAUGACUGUUUUCUUCAAGUGUUAGGCUUCAGUGAAUGUGAAAAUCUGUUGACUCAAUUCUUCUUGUUUCCUACUAGUACUGUGUAUAGAUGAAAUUGUCAUAAAAAUUGUUAUUAUUGUUUUUGUGAUAGUACAUAUAGAAAGAGUCAAUUGUAAUGUAAUUCAUCAAAACUCAAUUAUUUAUAAGAAAUGUUAAUUGUGUUCA